AUGGCAAAGGUAGAAGCUGAAGGUAUACAGUCCAAGUCACGAUCAUCUGCCAACAAGAAGCGGAGGCAUUCAGUUGGUGACGACUUGGCAUCGAGUGCCCGAGAGGCUCUUCUCAAUGGCCCAAGCAGCAGCUCUCAUGCUGCGAGGAGAUCAAGUCUGACCAAGCCUGGCCGUGACAAGCUCGAUGAGCCUGAAGGCAAGCGCCCAAAGCGCCACCGCAAAAAGCAGGACGACCGGGACAGCCGGGCGACGAGCCCUGUGAUUGAUUUUGACGGGCUGAGCCGACCCAGCGUGGGCACGCGUGCACGAUUGGAGGAGAGCACUGAGGAGAAAGCUGAUCGACUGGAGCGCAUGAAGGGAGCUGUGCGGACACUGCUAGAAUGCGUUGGAGAGAAUCCCGACCGGGAAGGGCUCCUCGCCACCCCUCAUCGGUAUGCGAAUGCCCUCUUGGACUUUACAGUGGGCUACCAGCAGAACGUGAUGGAUAUCGUCAACUCGGCCAUAUUCGAGGAAGGCCACAACGAGAUGGUCAUCGUCAAGGACAUUGAGGUCUUCUCCGUCUGCGAGCACCACCUGGUGCCUUUUACGGGCAAGAUGCACAUCGGCUACAUCCCCAAGAACGCCGUGAUCGGGAUAUCCAAGCUACCUCGGAUUGCCGACAUGUUUUCCCGGCGACUCCAAAUCCAGGAGCGGUUGACCAAGGAGGUUGCCAAUGCCAUCUUUGAGGUCCUACAGCCCCAAGGUGUGGCGGUGGUCAUGGAGUCUAGUCAUUUGUGCAUGGUGAUGCGAGGCGUGCAGAAAGCCAGCAGCACAACUGUGACGAGCUGUGUCCUGGGCUGCUUUGAGCGCAAGGAAAAGACGAGAAAUGAAUUUCUGAGCCUCAUAGGCGUGAACCGGGGAUAG